AAAACUCCUCCUUAACAUUCUGACAUCAUCUGAACCAAAGACAGGACACUGGACCAAGUCCUCAUCCCUGAGACACAAGAUGGACAAAACACCUGGACAACAUCUGGACAAUGGACGCCAUUAAAGAGUGGAAGAAAAUGACCUAAGAAUCCAGAAACAUCUGGACAAGACACAUCAAUCAGACAGUAAAGACACUGAGGACAGCAGACUGACAUCUGGACAGUAAAGACACUGAGGACAGCAGACAAAGAGGGUCGGGGGAGGGGGGAAUGGGAGGAGCAGUGUGUAAAGAGGAGGUGAAGGAGGAGAAGAGGAGGAGCGAGGGGAGGGAGGACAGUCUGACAUCAGUGGACAGAAUCCGUCGAUUCACCGUCAGACAGUUUGGAUAUAAUGUCCUGAGUCUGGCUCGCCGAGGACUGAAGGAGGUCCCAGAUGAACUGUGGGAGCUGUUGGAGUUGGAGAAGCUGAAUCUGUCUCUCAACAGUCUGAAGGUUCUCCCUCCUCAGCUGGCUCUGCUCUCCAACCUGGUCGUCCUCAACCUGUGGGGCAACCAGCUCAGCAGCCUGCCAGCAGAGAUCGGACAGCUGAGGAGACUACGCGUUUUAUUCGCCUACAGAAACAGACUGACUGAAGUCCCUGAGGAGCUGGGAGCCUGUACACAGCUGGAGGUCCUGAGUCUGGCCAACAAUCAGCUGUCCUCGCUGCCUGCUUCGCUCUCCAACCUGACCCGACUGAGGAAACUCAACCUGAGUCACAACCACAUCGCUCACGUCCCGGGCUGCAUUUACAACAUGAAGGCUCUGGUGUUCCUCCACCUGGCCUAUAACCGUCUGGAAAACCUGGCAGAGAACAUCCAGGCUCUGGUGGAACUCAAGAUCCUCAUUGUGGAGGGAAACAGCCUCCACUCUCUGCCUAAAGCUCUCUGCUGCCUCACCAGUUUGGAGCUGCUGAAUCUGGACUUUAACGACAUUAAAGAUGUUCCACAGGAGAUGCACCAGUUGUCUCGACUGGAGAAGUUGGCCUGCCAUCCUCUGGAUAAAGGACUCCACAUCGUCCACAACCCGCUGCUGAAGCCUGUGAAGGAGGUUCUGGAGGGUGGACUCAGCGCACUCUUCAACUACCUGAGGGCUGGGUAG